GGGUCAUGCUCUGCCUAUCCCAGGAGGUGCUAACCUAUGUCCUGAAUCAGAGGAUUUUUCUGUUGACAGCUCUGGAUUGUUUGGGUAGAUACUGGUAGGGCAGAAACUUCCUAACAAUACCUGCCCAGAAAGACGGGAAAGAGGAGGAAAAAUUCCUCUUUCCACCAGGAAUUCUCUGGGAAGCACAUAGGAUUUCACGCUACUAGUUUAUUCCCAAGAGAAGCUACCAAAGCUUGGUAACUACCAACUCUUAACUUUUGUGUCUCUAAGUACACUUCUCCUGGGAUUACAACAAAUUGAACCAGGGAUUUAACGGAAUCUCAGAGGACCGUAAGAAGAAUGCUUCGAGGCCGAUCCCUGUCUGUAACAUCCCUGAGUGGGCUGCCCCGGUGGGAAGUCAAAGAACUUCCUGUGGAGGAGUUACUGCUCUUUGAAGUUGCUUGGGAGGUGACCAAUAAAGUUGGAGGCAUCUAUACUGUGAUUCAGACAAAGGCCAAAACAACAGCAGAUGAAUGGGGAGACAACUAUUUUCUGAUAGGUCCAUAUUUUGAGCAUAAUAUGAAGACUCAGGUGGAACAAUGUGAACCUGUAAAUGAUGCUGUCAGAAGAGCAGUGGAUGCAAUGAAUAAGCAUGGCUGCCAGGUGCAUUUUGGAAGAUGGCUGAUAGAAGGAAGUCCUUAUGUGGUACUUUUUGACAUAGGCUUUUCAGCUUGGAAUCUGGAUAGGUGGAAGGGUGACCUCUGGGAAGCAUGCAGUGUCGGCAUUCCUUAUCAUGACCGAGAAGCCAAUGAUAUGCUGAUAUUUGGAUCUUUAACUGCCUGGUUCUUAAAAGAGGUGACAGAUCACGCAGAUGAUAAACAUGUCGUUGCCCAAUUCCAUGAAUGGCAGGCUGGAAUUGGACUGAUCCUUUCUCGAGCCAGGAAACUUCCUAUUGCCACAAUAUUUACAACCCACGCUACACUACUCGGGAGGUAUCUCUGUGCAGCAAAUAUUGAUUUCUACAACCAUCUUGAUAAGUUUAACAUAGACAAAGAGGCUGGGGAAAGGCAGAUUUACCACCGGUACUGCAUGGAGCGAGCCUCCGUUCAUUGCGCUCAUGUGUUCACCACGGUUUCUGAAAUAACAGCAAUAGAGGCCGAACACAUGCUGAAGAGAAAGCCUGAUGUAGUUACUCCAAAUGGCUUGAAUGUUAAGAAAUUUUCAGCAGUGCAUGAGUUUCAAAAUCUACAUGCCAUGUACAAGGCCAGAAUCCAAGAUUUUGUUCGAGGUCAUUUCUAUGGUCAUCUGGACUUUGAUCUUGAAAAGACUUUGUUCCUUUUCAUUGCUGGGAGAUAUGAGUUUUCAAACAAAGGAGCUGACAUCUUCCUAGAAUCCUUAUCCAGGCUAAAUUUCCUGCUGAGGAUGCAUAAAAGUGACGUCACAGUGGUGGUGUUUUUCAUUAUGCCUGCCAAGACAAAUAAUUUCAAUGUGGAAACCCUGAAAGGACAAGCAGUGCGAAAACAACUGUGGGACAUUGCACAUUCUGUGAAGGAAAAGUUUGGAAAAAAACUCUAUGAUGCAUUAUUAAGAGGAGAAAUUCCUGACAUGAACAAUAUUUUAGAUCGAGAUGAUCUAACAAUUAUGAAAAGAGCCAUCUUUUCAACUCAGCGACAGUCAUUGCCCCCAGUGACCACGCACAACAUGAUUGAUGACUCCACCGACCCCAUCCUCAGCACCAUUAGACGGAUCGGACUUUUCAACAACCGCACAGACAGAGUCAAGGUGAUUUUGCACCCGGAAUUUCUAUCCUCCACCAGUCCCCUACUACCCAUGGACUAUGAAGAGUUCGUCAGAGGUUGUCACCUUGGAGUAUUUCCAUCAUACUAUGAACCCUGGGGUUAUACUCCAGCUGAAUGCACAGUGAUGGGUAUCCCCAGUGUGACCACGAAUCUCUCCGGGUUUGGCUGUUUCAUGCAGGAGCAUGUGGCUGAUCCUACUGCUUACGGUAUUUACAUCGUUGACAGGCGGUUCCGUUCUCCAGAUGAUUCUUGCAAUCAGCUGACUCAGUUUCUUUAUGGAUUUUGCAAACAGUCACGCCGCCAAAGGAUUAUCCAGAGGAACAGAACUGAGAGGCUCUCAGAUCUUCUGGAUUGGAGAUACUUAGGCAGAUAUUACCAGCAUGCCAGACACCUGACAUUAAGCAGAGCUUUUCCAGAUAAAUUCCAUGUGGAACUAACAUCACCACCAAUGACAGAAGGAUUUAAAUAUCCCAGGCCUUCCUCAGUACCACCUUCUCCUUCAGGGUCUCAGGCCUCCAGUCCUCAGAGCAGUGAUGUGGAAGACGAAGUGGAGGAUGAGAGAUACGAUGAGGAAAAGGAGGCUGAAAGGGAUCGGUUAAAUAUCAAGUCACCAUUUGCACUGAGCCACGUUCCUCGUGGGAAGAAAAAGCUGCAUGGUGAAUAUAAGAACUGAAUUCUACAUGUGCUGAGAAGAGCUAAUUUCAUAAAGCAAAGUAAGACUAAUUAUUUAAAAUAAAAAUGCCACACAUUUCAUUUUCUCCUUCUAAGUAUUACAAUGGAAUUUAUUAUCUGCCUAAAAAGUGGAAGAAAUUGAGUGAAUGACAAUUUCAUAAUUUAGAAUAAGAUCCAAGUUGUUUUCCCCAACCCUUGUUUUCCCCGUAAAAGUUAGGCAUGAGGAGGAGCACUCAUUAAAGGCAGAAGAUGGAAAAGUGUUUUUAAAAUGGUGAAUUUAAGUGGUAAGGAUUUUCUCUUACUCUGUUUAUUUUUAAAUUAUCACCAUAAUCCUUUGCUUACUAUUUAUGCAGCUUCUCUACCCCACCACACAAAUUUCUCAUUUCCCUCUGAAAACCUUGAUCUUACCCAUGAAUGUGCACUACCUACAUAUUUUAAAUAGCUAGAUUUUUACUGAUUAUUUUCAUUUUUCACAUGCAUCAGAACCAUGAUUUAUAUGUAGUUUUGCAGAGACAAAAUCCAUGUGUGAACAGCUAUCCUAAGUUCAUAUUUUGAUGCAUACUAAUGCACAUUUAUGUCACUUUUGAACUCUAGAAUUUAUGUUGUAAUUAAUGGAAGAUAUUAUCAUGUGAAUGGAAGAUAUUACCAUGUGCAUGGUACCAACAUCUUACUGUAACAUUUUUCUAUUGUUUAAAUAGAAAGACUUUAAAAAAAAUUGGUCAAUCUUCAUAGAUGAUAAGUUGUUAAAUCCCAGUAAAUAAAUGCAUUAAUAUUUAAUAACUUAACUUUCACUGAUAAUGCCUUGUUUAAAAAUUAUUUAGACAUUCCAAUAACAUGUGGGAAGCAGCUGUUAUGAAUAAUUCCUACAGAAGCUAUCUUUCUAAAAGUAGUUAGAAUAGAACAUCUAUUCAGUUGUAAUAACAACAAUGUCUCUUAACAUAUUCUGUGAUGUGCGUAGAGUCAUAGUUGAACGAUUAUUAAUUUAGCAGAUUUAUGUUUUAAGUGUAAUUAAGUCUAAAUUGGCAACAAAACAAAAACAAAAAUCACUCUUGGAUUGCUUUUUUUCAUAACUAAGUAGUUAUUCACUGAGAGUUCCAUUUAACUCACAGUGACUUCCUUUAUUGACAUAUCAAUUGGCCUUCUGAAGAGGCUCUAAAAAAGUUUUGGUCUUCUCAGAGAUGGAUUAUUGAUGACAAAAAUGGAAGAGCAGCAAUGACAAGGUGUCAGAUGGUUCAAGAUCAUUGGAAAACUGUAAUUCAGCCCUCCUAUUGCUCCAUUAGCUAGAAAAAAGUAGAAGACUGUUGGAUACAAGCAGCAAAUCAGACCAAAAUGGAAGAUGGCUGGAAAUUUACUUUACUUAGAUGUCCAGAAAGAAGAGAAAUAAUUGACCUAAAAUCUAACCUUUGACACAUGCCCUGUGGAUGCCAAUUAAUCCAGCAUCUGCAGAGAAGUUUGAAAUGCUCUCUACUGGAGAGUAGAGAAGAAAAUAUGAGAUGGACUUAUAUUAUAGGCUCAUUCGCUGAAGUACCAGAAAGAUCUUGUGAUAAACGAGGGUUCACUGUUACAAUAACCAUGAAAAUGUAUCCCUAGUAAAGUAGCAUACAGUGGCUAUUCAGAUGAUAUUCUUGAUUGGUAACUGGUUGUUCAACUGUUAUUGAAAACAUGCCUACACAGUAAAAUACCUGAAGAUGUAA